AUGUCGUCCGGUCCUGGCCAGUCUUCUGUCCCCUCAAAAGCAAUCAACAUCCCCAGUCAGCCUUCCCAGUCGUUCCAGGUUGCCUCAAAUCCGGGCAUUGAAACCGCUUCUCAACGGAGAACCUCGGCGUUCUUGGGUGCUGGGUCGUCAUCCAAGAACUUAUCGUCUCCAAGGAACCAUCAGACAAGGAAGAACCAGCAUAAACGGCAUCGUCGUCCUCGCUUGGAUGACGAGGAUGUCUUUGCAGAAUCCGCUGCGAUGAAGUCCACAAUGAGCCGGAAGGGGCAGACCUCCAUCACACAUUUGAUGAACUUUUCUCUCCCCCCUCGGCCCCAACAAAAUCUCAAUGGAUAUUCUCGUGGUCCAAGGCGCAACAACGCAUGGGGUCCGCGUUCUGGUUAUCACGCCGUUGACAAAGCCAGCUGCCCGAUCUGCCUCUCCACCCCAAUCGCUCCCCGUAUGGCUAAAUGUGGACACGUCUUUUGCCUUCCAUGCGUUAUCCGGUACAUGCACUCGACGGAUGAGUCGAACCCUCUUCCGGAAAAAAAGGCUCGUUGGAAGAAAUGCCCAAUUUGUUGGGAUACCGUCUAUAUAUCGGAUAUACGGCCUGUUGGGUGGUAUAGGGGUCAAACAGAUACCCCUACUGAGGGUGGGGACGUUGUGCUUAGAUUGGUUAUGCGACACCCCGGAAGCACCCUUGCCCUUCCACGGGAUGGUGUGGAAAAAUCGCUUGGUCUGGACGACGAUAUUCCUUGGUAUCAUGUGGCAGAGGUACCUGACUAUGCGCGGAUAAUGAAAGGAGGCGAGGAUUACAUGAUUUCCCAAUACGACAAUGAAAUCCAAGACCUGUUACGGCAGGCGCAGGAAGAUGAAUUGCUUUUCGGCGAUGAUAGCACUUGGACCCGGAAAGCUGUCGCGGCAAUAAGAGAGGCGAAGGAAAAAGUGAAGGAUAUUGGGAAUCCGCCAAUCCCACCCCGUCAACCUCCUGAGCGUCGUCCCACUAGAAUCCCUAUCAAGUUUGAGCAACCGCCGGAUGGUGUCCCAGAGAUGUAUAAAAUCCGCCAUGCUACAAAACCCGGACAGACCUUACCCAACAAUGCACAUACUCCGUCGAAUCCGACGCCUACCGCGCAAAAUACUUUCCCCAAUCAUGACCAAUUGGACGAUGUUUCGGUAGCUAUAUCGAAACUAGAGGUUAAUCAAAUCCUAGAAAUGCAAAACCAGAGGACGCAUAGCAAUCUUGGUGCACAGUCUAAAACUGCAGGAAAAGCUAGAGAUGCCAGUGGCGGUCCACAUCCUCCUGAUCAUCCUUUCUACUUUUAUCAAGCACUUCCCCACUUUUAUCUUUCCUCAUUAGAUAUCCGCAUCCUCAAGGCUGCAUUUGGGGACUACUCCCAAUUCCCUUCAACCAUCCUUCCGCGUAUUGAACGUAUAUCAACAGGACACAUUGUGGACGAGGAUCUACGGAAACGCACGAAAUAUCUCGGCCACCUCCCUUACGGCUGCGAAGUCAGCUUUCUCGAGUGCGACUGGAGAGACUUGGUUGGUUCAGACGUCCUCCAGCAAUUUAGUGGCGAUAUCGAGCGACGACGAAAACGAAACCGAGAAAAAGCGGCACAGGAGGAAAAGGAACGCAUUCGUGCCGAGAAGAAUGAAGAAGAACAACGCUGGGCUUCCGCUCGACGGAAGCGGCCGAGUGUAUCCGCUGCCGACAGGCCGUUUUCUGAGAAUGACUUUCAACCUCUUGGUUUCGAAGCUUCGUCAUCAGCGCCCGGCUUCGAUCCGACUAUGUCAUCCGCCUCACCACCCUGGUCCUCGUCGAGGGGCAGGAAUCGACCAUCAUUUACCGCGUUGGCAUCGCCAUCCGGAAGUCCGCCUGACUCAUCUGCCGCUACCACUGCUGGGCCUACGUUGCAUCGGACAGUUUGGGGCACGGCAGCUAUUGCUCCAACGUCACCGCAGGCUACGUAUAGGAACCCCGACCGUGAGCCGAAUGAUGGGUGGCUACAGGACUGGGAACGGGAGUUGAUGGUCGAGCAAGAGCACAAAAUCCUUGCUGCGACGACUAAUAUCGACAGUGAUGGUCCCAGGAAUAGUACUAAUGCCACCGGUACAGGGACAACAGGCGGGAAGAAGAAGAAAAACAAGAAAAUUACACUGAUGUCGACGACGGCACGGCGGGCGGCUUGACAACAUGGAAAUCAAAACGGAAGGUGUAAUUUUAUUUUACCUUGCCUUUUCAGCCACUCUGCAGUGUCCUCUCUGCUUCCUACUCCACUUGGGUUGUUCUUUCUUUUUUUCCUUCCUGCAAGCUUUUUCUAUAUUUUGCAUAAUAUGCUUGCGUCUAUUGGUAGAUUCGCUCCCCACGAAUGCCCAUGUCGUCUUUUUUAUAGAAUUCUAUAUACAUAUAUAAUUUAUUUCUCAACAU